AUCGACAACUAAACAAAUGAUUGAUAUACGUCAGAAAAACUCGCUCAAUAUUGUCUCUCCAUAAAAAGUGUUAGUAUGCUUCAUUCGAUGUGAUGAUUUUAAAACCACACCGUCGGCUAUCGAGUUUGUGAUUUUUAUUAAAAACACAGAUCAACACACAAAUAGAUUGAAACGACGAGCGAAAGAGGAAAAAAAUGUUAUUCAGAACGCGACUGCAUUGUCAUAAUAAUUGCUAUUGCCAUCGCAACAGCCUGUUGAGUUUAUUUAUUUUGCUUUGACAAUAAUCGCAUUGGCAACGUGGACGGAUUGUUACCGAACAUAGGAAUAUGUGCGUUUUUUUGACGUCAAACAUGUCGCUGGAGGUGAGUGUAAUUCAAAACACCUAUAUAUUAUCAUUCUCGUUUUGCACAAUCAUCUCUUUUAUUCCAAUUUUUUUUAAAUCCAUUCAGGAUACAAAGCACUCACCGUUUCAACGGCAACGAAACAUUCUGUAUUUAAUCUCACAAUAUCUGUCGGAUUUUGGUCUGAAGCAAACGAAGUCAAUGCUAUGGAACGAAGCCAGCUUAUCGCCAGAGUGUACAGUUUGUGAUAACAUUGACUUGGAUACGAUUUAUUUGGACUUUUGCAGCUAUUAUCAUCUGCGAUUUGGCAAAUUGCCCAAAAUACUAAAGCGAAUUGAAUGUGCAUCAAGUGAUUCGACCAAUGCCAAGGGAAAAGUCAACAAAAAUCGAAGCACAGAAAAUACAACAAAGACAUCGGAUGAAUGCAAGAAAAAGGCUAAGCAGGAAUCAUCCGAAUUAGGACCAGACGAUUUUGUUAUCACAAGUUCGAUUUCGAAUUCAAACGAAUCUCAUAACGAUGAUAAGAAGUCGGAAACCAAUUCGCUUAAAUACCGCAAAAGUUUGGACUUGUUUGAACCGUUCUCUGGAGAGAUGCGUGAUUUGGCAUACGUGAUUGAAAGGCAAAUCGUGAGGGGAGACAAUCACAUAAAAUGGGACGAUGUACAAGGAAAUGAGCAUGCCAAGCAAACUCUGAUUGAAAGUGUCAUUUUGCCGUUGAAAUUCCCACAACUCUUCACCAAAUUAACGAAGCCGUGGAAAGGGAUUUUGCUGCACGGAGUUUCAGGCGUGGGGAAAACGUUAUUAGCCAAAGCACUCAGCUCGGAAACUUUUGCUACGGUCACCUUUUUCAAUAUAUCAGCCAGCACGCUCAUUUCAAAGUGGCGAGGAGAAUCGGAAAAAUUUGUCAAGGUUCUGUUCACAAUGGCAAAAUCGUGUGCUCCAGCGAUAAUUUUCAUUGAUGAAUUUGAAUCACUCGCUUCGAAAAGAGAUUCUUCAAAUGACCAUGAGGCUACAAAACGAUUUAAAAAUGAGCUGCUCAUCCAAAUUGACGACUUGGACUCGAGCGCAGGAAAUGUUUUAUUGUUGGCGAACUCAAAUCUACCAUGGGAAAUUGAUGAGGCGUUCUUGCGUCGAUUCGAGCGUAAAAUCCUCAUUGAUUUGCCGAGCUGCGAAAAUCGAGCGGACAUCAUGAAUCAAUUGCUGCCAACUACGAAACAGUGGUCUGUCAACAAGAUGAAUCAAUUGAUCGAAGCGAGUGACGGAUUCACGGGUGCCGAUUUGAAAAUAGCAUGCAAAGAAGCGUCAAUGAUACAAAUACGAAACAAAUUGAAGUCAAGCAACAAAUCGAUUCAGAUAAUGCCAGAAAUAACAUUCGACGAUCUAUUGGCAUCGAUGAGACAAGUCAAACCUUCGAUGGCGGCUUCAGCGACCAAACAUCGUCAGUGGCACACAAAGUUUGGGAAUCAAAGUGAUUAACACGAUGACUCAAGUAUCAGUUAGAUGAAAUUAGAAAUUAAAAAUCGGAAGUGUGAAUUUUCAUUUGUGAAUGAUUCGGAAAAGUUUAUUGUAAUUCUUACUCCUGCAGUAACAAAUCAAGAAGUCUUAAAUUAUAGAUAAA